AUGAUUCUCUACAACCAAUCAGAUCGUGUUAUUCCUGGUGUAAUAGCCAAUGGCAUCACACCAUCUAGCGUGUCCAGUUGGAAGGAUGUAAGCCAAUCAGAUCGUGCAGAAGUAGGUGCUUUAGGUGACUCAGGCAGGACUCAGAAAAUUGACGACCUGCUGUUCCAAAUCCUGAUGGACUCGUCCUUCGAGCCGAGUUCUCUCCUCCAAAUGCCGGACUUCAGCCUGGGGCCCUUCCCUCCACCGCCCAUCCCCCCUCCUCCACCGCCCACCUCGGUUCUGAAGAGGCUGAGGCCGUCGGGUGAAGUCGGACCUGAUCGGGAAUCUCCGGAGGAGCCCGACGGAGAACAUGUCACGCCGACUUCAACGCCGACGACAGUUACCGGAGUGUUUAAGCCAAAGCCGGAUGGUACCUGUGAGGUCACGUGCCCGUCGUCCCCAGGCCCACCCGGUCCACCUGGUCCGCCCGGCUACCCUGGGCCGAAGGGAGACCCGGGAUCAGGCUUAUCAGGCGGAAUUAAGGGAGAGAGAGGACAGAAAGGCGAGAGAGGCUUACCUGGUGUUAUAGGACCAAAGGGAGACAAGGGGUCCAUUGGAAUGAAAGGAGAUAAGGGAGACCCUGGCAUUCCUGGAUCGCCUGGUGAAAAAGGUGCAAGGGGGAUGUUAGGUUUUCCGGGGCCUCCUGGCGGCGAAAAGGGAGACAGAGGACUAUCCGGACCCCCAGGUGGCCCUGGGCAGCCGGGAAUACCUGGUGUGUCAGGCAGGAGGGGCAAAAAGGGUGACCGGGGGUUCCCGGGACCAGUGGGUCCCAGGGGUUCUCCUGGGCCGGCCGGAGUGCCGGGUAAACCGGGGUCCAACGGAGUGGCCGGGCCGGCUGGAGGUAAGAAAGGCGACAAGGGUACGCGGGGACCCCAGGGACCGCCAGGCCAGUGUAACUGUAUAAACGGGCUGCAGAACCCAUCAACGGCCAUGAUGAGCAUCCAGUGGGUUGCUGAUGAAAAAGAGAUGAACAGAAUUUCUCAGGAGGGGAUGAUCGUGUACAGAGGAGACAUCAAGCGGCUCUAUCUGCGUGACGACGUGAAGUGGCGUCCCGUACGGACGUCCUACUGUGGAGACGGGAUUGUGGAUGACGAGGCCGGGGAGGAAUGUGAUGAUGGGAACCAGAUCAGCACGGACAGCUGCAUCGGUUGUAAGCGGUCGUUCUGUGGGGACGGUAACCGUCAGGCGGCGAUAGAGGAGUGCGACAUGGAAGACUUCGGUGGUCUCACCUGCGAGUCUUACCUACCCGGGUCUCUGGGAAUUCUACUGUGCAACAGUCGGUGCAAAAUCGACUCCAGCAACUGUUUUUAUCCGAGAGGAUAGUUUGGAUCGUCAAAAGGCUAAUAAUGUUUCGUACACUACGUGGAUUACGCGAGAAGAAAACGCGCAGUCGUGUUUCGUCGAAUUUCGGGAUGUCAAAUUACCUUGCUGGAAGACCCUCAGACUCCACAUGGAUUACGCGGGAAGGAAAGGGAAGAAAACGUGUGGUUGUUGUUUUCGGUUGAAUUUCGUGAUGUCAAAUUACACUGUUGGACUUGUUUGUGGAAAGAUAUACGUUGUGUUCUGGACCGAUACACUAUCUAUAAAAGACAGCCAAAAGGCUGAUUUUUUUUUCUAACCCUAAGGAGAAAAGACACAGACUCAUUUGCAAACGGGCUCUGUUAUAGAACAUUUAUGUAGUGUAUAUUCUUAUAAUGUACUGUCAAAGUUAUAUUAUCACAAAGUUCUGAAAGGAUAUGUACAAUAUAGCAACUACAGAAAUUGUCUCACAACGUACUGGCACUUCGAUUCCAUAUUGGUAGCAGCUUUGAGGGCUUAAUCUUAAAUCUAAAGUUUGGACUUACGACAUAAAGGUUUCUCAUCACAAACAUUACGCGGUAUACGUACUCGUACCAUUGAUAACAACCAGGGUACCAAACAUUUGUGUACGAAACAUACUAAUUAUUAUGUCCUUAAAAUUUUGAAAAGAUAUUCACGUAUAUCAUUGUUAAGCUCAUGAGAUUACAAUACUAAGUAUUACGAUACUUCAAUAAGUUGCAACUUUUUGAAAUGGACUGUCAGAAGGCCUAGGGUCUCUUACAAACAAAAGCAACACAACACAACAUGAUACUAGUAUAUAAACCGAUACUAAGAAAUAUCCAGUACUACCCGCGUAAUGAAGAUACUAUAUUUAAGGUUAAAGGAGUUCUUAUUAAUUACUCAUUUCACUAUAUUUUGAGCAGUUACCCUGGU